AUGGACAUGGAAGCUUACAACGCCGUUCUCAAGCGGGAUACCUGCUCGAGUGGCAAUGACUAUGACGGCCGCAUGGGCCUGCGAAUCUCUUCUAUUUUUGUUAUUAUGAUCGGAUCCACCUUUGGUGCCCUCUUUCCUGUCGUUGCUAAGAGAUUCAGCAAACGUGGGGGUGCUCCCUCAUGGGCCUUUUUCAUCGCCAAAUAUUUCGGAUCCGGCGUUAUCAUCGCGACUGCUUUCAUUCACCUACUAGCCCCAGCUGAGGAGGCUUUGACCAGUGACUGUCUGACUGGCAUCAUCACGGAAUACAGCUGGGUCGAGGCUAUUGUCCUAAUGACGAUCGUGGUUCUUUUCUUUGUGGAAUUAAUGGUGAUGCGUUUUGCUCGCUUCGGUACCGGUCAUGUGCACGAUGAAGAGGGACACUCCCACGUCCAGAUCGAGGCCGUGGUCCCAAUCACUCAGGAAGUGAGCCAGAGCAAACACUAUAUACCGGGAGAAGAUCAUCUGGGUCACACACGUGAGCACCACGACGCCGACGAUGAUGAGAAGGAGAAACAGGCGAUCGAAGACUACACCGCUCAGCUUACCUCGAUCUUCAUCCUGGAGUUUGGAAUCAUCUUCCAUUCUGUGUUCAUUGGUCUCACACUCGCCGUGACCGGAGCCGAGUUCGUUACUUUGUACAUUGUCCUUGUCUUCCACCAGACCUUUGAGGGUCUGGGUCUUGGCGCCCGCCUUGCUCAGGUCCCCUGGCCCAAAUCUAAGCGCCUCACGCCCUACUUCCUUGGUAUGGGCUUUGGAAUUUCGACCCCCAUCGCCAUUGCUAUUGGUCUCGGUAUUCGCCAGAGCUACCCACCGGACUCGGCUAGGACACUCAUUGUCACCGGCGUAUUUGACUCCAUCUCUGCUGGUAUUCUCAUCUACACAGCUUUGGUCGAGUUGAUGGCGCACGAGUUCAUGUUCAGCGCAGCUAUGCGCCAGGCCCCAAUCCGCGAUGUGCUACUCGCCUUCCUGCUGCUGUGCUUAGGAGCUGCCUUGAUGGCACUUCUUGGUAAAUGGGCAUAA